GUGUCAGUAGGCAGACACAGAGAACAGCAGGUCUCGACGUCCCUGACAAUCACUUAACUCUCGUGCCAAUAACGAUUUCUUGAUUCGGAAAACGGAGCUGGAAGAGUAAAAAAAACAUUUGCUUUUGAAUGCUUAUUUUGUGAAUUUGGUUUAUCGUUUGUGCUAGACAAUUGUCAAUUUGAAACACAGGAGAGAAACUCGAGAGUAGCUGUGAGGUUUACAGUCCGGACCGAGACAGUCUUCCCUCUCCUCUGCCAUGGCUUCGACAACCUGUACCAGAUUUACCGACGAGUAUAAUCUCUACGAAGAGCUGGGAAAGGGAGCCUUCUCCAUAGUGAAAAGAUGCAUGAGGAUCUCCAGCGGACAGGAGUAUGCUGCCAAAAUCAUCAACACAAAGAAGCUAUCUGCUAGGGAUCACCAGAAGCUGGAGCGAGAGGCCAGGAUUUGUCGCCUGCUCAAGCACCCCAAUAUCGUGAGGCUCCAUGACAGCAUAUCAGAGGAGGGAUUCCACUACCUGGUCUUUGACUUGGUGACUGGUGGGGAGCUGUUUGAGGACAUCGUAGCCAGAGAGUACUACAGCGAAGCAGACGCCAGCCAAUGCAUACAGCAGAUUCUAGAAAGUGUAAAUCAUUGUCACCAAAGUGGUAUAGUUCACAGGGACAUGAAGCCUGAGAAUCUGCUCCUAGCCAGUAAGCUGAAGGGAGCAGCGGUAAAGUUGGCAGACUUUGGUCUGGCCAUCGAAGUGCAGGGAGACCAGCAGGCAUGGUUCGGUUUUGCUGGAACCCCAGGCUACCUGUCCCCAGAGGUCCUGAGGAAAGACCCCUAUGGGAAACCUGUGGACAUGUGGGCCUGUGGUGUGAUUCUCUACAUUCUCCUGGUGGGCUACCCUCCCUUCUGGGACGAGGACCAGCACAGACUGUACCAGCAGAUCAAGGCUGGGGCCUACGAUUUUCCGUCCCCUGAGUGGGACACGGUGACCCCCGAGGCCAAAGACCUGAUUAACAAGAUGUUGACCAUCAACCCUGUCAAGAGGGUCACCGCCACAGACGCACUCAAACACCCCUGGAUCUGUCAACGUUCCACUGUGGCGUCCAUGAUGCACAGACAGGAGACGGUGGAGUGCCUGAGGAAGUUCAACGCCAGGAGGAAACUCAAGGGUGCUAUCCUCACCACCAUGCUGGCCACACGCAACUUCUCAGCAGCCAAGAGCCUGCUCAACAAGAAGGCUGACGGCAUCAAGAUCAACAACAAGACCAAUGUAGUCACCAGCCCCAAAGAGCCCCCCACGCUGGAGCCUCAAACCACUGUUAUCCACAACCCAACUGAUGGAAACAAAGUAGAGUCCAGUGAGAGUGCAAACACCACCAUGGAAGAUGAGGACGUGAAAGCUCGUAAGCAGGAGAUCAUCAAAGUGACUGAGCAGCUGAUUGAGGCCAUCAACAAUGGAGACUUUGAAGCCUACACGAAGAUCUGUGAUCCCGGCCUUACAUCCUUUGAGCCAGAGGCUUUGGGAAACCUAGUGGAGGGAACCGACUUCCACAGGUUCUACUUUGAGAACGCUCUGUCUAGGAGCAAGCAAGGGCCCGUCCACACCAUCCUGCUCAACCCCCACGUGCACCUGAUUGGCGACGAUGCGGCAUGCAUCGCUUACAUCCGCCUCACCCAGUACAUGGACGCCAGCGGCAUGCCACGCACCAUGCAGUCGGAGGAGACCCGCAUCUGGCACCGCCGCGACGCCAAGUGGCAGAACAUCCACUUCCACCGCUCCGGCUCGCCCACUGUGCCAGCCAAAUAAGGUGACUAGAGUUGAGAGGACCCCCUAGCCUACAGCUGUCAGCUGACCCACGGAACCCGCCUACUAAGUGUGUCACAUCCUCGUCCAAUCCCAGCCCAACGCUACAACUCUGCCCUCUGAGUGUUGUUUACAUAUCGUCGCUGCUGGACUGAAGAUUCUUCUUGUAAAAUAUGAAAAGGAAACAACAAUCUUGACGAUAUCAUUUUAUAGAGAAAAUGUUGGUGUUUUAUCUAAUUGUUCCAUUCUUCUCAGUCUUCUGUCUCAUAGCAGGACAUUUAUAACUGAAACAUAUAAUUCUUUUUUUAUUACAAUCAUUUCCUCAUUUUAAACAUGUUUUAAGUUUGAAUGCCAUAGGAAAAUAUAUACAUUACAUGCCAGAGUUGUUGACAAUAUGUGAAGUUUGCUGAUUUGUGGGCUUAUGAGUUAUAUAUGAGAGAUUUUCAAUCUUAACUAAUAUACAGUAAUACAAUGCCGUCCGUAAUUAUUGGGACAGUGAAGCAUUUCUUCUUAUUUUGGCUUCUUUUGAAAUCAUGGCUGAGGGUUAUACAGCACUUUUUGUACUUACAGUAGUCCUCCCAUUUUAGGGGACCAAAAGUAUUGGGACAAAUUCACUUAAAUGUGUAUUAAAGCAGUAAAAAGUAUGUGGUCUCAUAUUCAUAAUACGCAAUGACUACAUCAAGUUUGUGACUCCACACAUUUGUUGGAUGCAUUUGCAGUUUGUUUAGGUUGUUUCAGAUUA